UGGAAGUAGUAAUGACGGUUAUAAACGUGUUGUUACACUUUGCUCAACGACUUAUUAACGGGAUGCUACAGUACAUAAAUAAGUGGUAAAUUAUUUAAUCUCCGUAAUAUUGGCUUCCGUAGUUCACCUCUGUAUUGUAUAGUUUAUGCUUAUUUAUACAAAAACAAAACACUUGAGGUUUUUAAAUGAUUGAGAAAACGAAUAAAUACUAUGUAGAAUUUACAGACGGGAAGAUGAUUAACUUUUCAAACAAUGGGAAUACUUCAAUGUCAGUAUCUACGGACUUUUCUAGUUACUGGAGUGCAGAGUAUGUUAUUCUUGCAGUCUACCUUGGACUGUUUUCUAUUGUGGGAAUUCUAGGGAACAUUCCUGUAUUGAUUGUGUACUUUCACAGGAAGGAACAGUCAGCCUCUAACACCUUUAUCAAAGCUCUUGCUAUUUUAGAUCUUAUUGUUUGCUCAUUGAUAAUGCCAUACACCAUGAUUUAUGAACUACACCUUGUUCAAACUGACGUUGUUUGUAGAACUUUUGAAUUCACGCGCCAUUUUGCAAUAUUUGCAUCAAAUUUGACUCUUGUUGCUAUCGCUGCUGAAAGGUACAUUGCUGUAUGUCGUAUUACUCAUAAAAUGUCAGUGAAAAAUGUACAACACGGUAUGCUUUUCAUCUUCGUUCUGAGUUGUGUAUCAGCGGGACCAUCAAUUGGAAUUUUUACUGUAGUUUCUGACUACGAAGUCCGUGACGUUAAAUGUAAAUUGAACCAUGACCUGACUGAUGGCAAAUUCUGCCAUUUUACAUACUCGUUGUAUGGACAAGUUUAUGCUGUAAUUUAUCAAGGUGUUCUAAUGGUGCUUUUCUUUGUUAGUCUGAUAAUUAUUGUCAUUUUCUAUAUCAUUAUUUAUAUGGUGCUUUGGCAACGAACAAAAUUCCGGAAGAGAGCUUUGUCAAGAAGUCCCAAGGAAGGUCCGGAAAUUUCAGAAAUACGUUCUUCACUAUGUGACAAACAAAAACAAGAACACGUCGAUAAUGAAGUUAGCAGGACCUAUGAAUUUGACAAUGAAGACUCCGAAGUCAUAUCUAAAGAUAUACAAGUCUUAAAUAACAAUUUAAAACUGAAUUCCAAGAAAAGAAAGGCUGAAAAAAUUAGGAGGAUUUUCCACCAUCGGACAGCAAAAAUGCUUUUCUUAUGUACAGUUAUUUAUUUAUUGACAUGGCUGCCAUUUUGGAUUGAUAUUUUCGGACUAACAAAUAAUUUAGUUUUCAGAUAUCUCUUUUUCAUAGGAAAUGCAACUAAUCCUAUUGUAUACGGAAUUGUAAACGGUCAAAUUCGGAAAGAAUUUCAAAAUCUCUUGUCACGAUGUUGUAUAGGCAAACUGUUUGGAAUAAAAUCAAGGAGUUCCUUUUCUGUAUAAUUUGCUAAGCAGGUAAACGCUUUGAUUGAUACUUAUUUAAAUUGAUAAGAAGAAAAUCGGAAUUAUAAACGAAACGUGUUUCCGAUUUAAACAUUUAUGUAUUCAAUGUUUACUUUUUCGGUUAUCAAAAGUUUUCCUUUUAUUUUUUUAACACAACAGUUGUGACACUUGAUUCAUUGUUUUAUAAAUGUAUAUCAGUACCUACAUGAUUCACGGAGGAGAUUGUGUGUAUUUAAUCAAAAUUCGUUGUCCUGUUACCAAAGGGAACUUUUGCUUCAACGAAACAUAUAUCAUUUGCUCCAAUGAACAAACUGUUCAACAAGAACUUAUUGUAUUGUUAAACAUUCCUAAGAUUGUUUAUUGUUAUUGUUUAUAAUUAUAUUGAAUAUUAAAUAUUUUGUCCACUA